GAGAAGAAGAAAAAAAAUCGCGUUUGUUUGGUCGAGAACGAGGCGAACAGAAACUUCUGGGCGAAGACGAGCUAGGUAGCUGACUGUCUGCUUGGGAGAUGGAGGAGCAGGAGAGAGCUAUGGAAGAGGAUGCUCUGGACUCCAAGCCUCCACUGACCACUGAAGAGGAUGAGCCCAAACACACAGACCUCCACGGGUCUCAUAUCACUGAAACACAACAGGAGCCCAGUGAACCUGAAGAGAAUGAGACGAAGCCACAGUCCUCAGAGCUGCUUGUUAUCAACAGCAUAGCUCCUCCAGACAGCUGGGAACCAGCCCACACUGAUAUCGAACCUGAGCAACUGACAGAGACAGAAAUGCUGAUCCUGUCACAGACAGAGAAUCGGACAGCGAUACAGACACAGGACCAAACACAGACAUUAUCACAGACAGAGGAGUUUAUCAUACUUGAUCAGAAUGGACAGCCCAUACAGUGUGAACGCGUGGUGAUACUGACCGGUCAGUCAGACAACGGAGAGAUGUACGUUAUCCCCUCUAAUCAGGUAUUACUUCCUCGUGGACAACUACUGGACAUCAUAGACCUCACAGGAUCCUGCGGAGGGAAGACCGCGGAUGAGGAAGAGCUUCACACUAUCACGUUAACGGCCGUUACGGACGACAGCGGCGGUUCGACGACGGCCGUUACGGACGACAGCGGCGGUUCGACGUCGGCCGUUACGGACGACAGCGGCGGUUCGACGUCGGCCGUUACGGACGACAGCGGCGGUUCGACGACGGCCGUUACGGACGACAGCGGCGGUUCGACGUCGGCCGUUACGGACGGCAGCGGCGGUUCGACGUCGGUAACGUCGGCCGUUACGGACGGCAGCGGCGGUUCGACGACGGCCGUUACGGACGACAGCAGCGGUUCGACGACGGUAACAUCGGCUGCAGCUAACACCUCGGCACAGAGCUCUCAGGACUGUUUCGCCUCUCUUCUGAAACCUCUCCCAUCCAACGCCCCCAUCUGGGCCCUGAGGCUUCAUAAUGCUGAGAAGAUAGGUGACUCGGCACGUGGCUACUGUAACACCGAGGCUGAGCUGGAGACCAUCCUCCUGCUCCACAAGCAGCAGACCAACAGUGUGUUUGGGACGCGCCAGUCCCCUUCCCCUGCCAAGCCUGCCAGCCGUCUGAUGUGGAAGUCGCAAUAUGUGCCGUACGAUGGGGUCCCUUUUGUCAAUGCAGGCAGUAGAGCUAUAGUGAUGGAAUGUCAGUAUGGUCCAAGAAGGAAAGGUCUUCAGCCCAAGAAGACUGCAGAGCAGAACGUCAAUCAAAACAUCGAUUACAAAGCUACUUGCCCUGCCAGGAUCUAUAUCAAGAAAGUUUGUAAGUUUCCCCAACACAGGGUGCCUACGGACCCUAACGUAGACAAGAGGGUUGUUCGUCAGGAACAAGAGAAAGCCUUCUUCAACCUCCGGAAGACCCUGCGGGACGUUGGCGGUGUCCUGAGGUACUACAUGCAGCUCCCUACCCAGAAAGCUCACCUCUAUCAUGACAUGGAGGCUCUCCUCCUGCCUCCUCCUCCAGACCUCCUUUUCCUCCCCAUGGAGGAGGAGGUGAAGCAGGAGGAGGAGGAGGAGGUGAAGCAGGAGGAGGAGGAGGAGCAGGAUGAUGAUGAUGGUGGAAUCAUGCCAUCUCGUCUCAACCCCAGGGUGGCAGAGAAGAUCAGGGAGUUGGUGGAGCAGGGGUAUCAUCAGGUGUACCAGGUCCGCAAACAACUCAGGCGGUUUGUGGAGCGGGAGAUGUUUAAAUCAGAGGAGGUCCCAGAGAGACAUAAUCUUUGCUUCUUCCCAACCGUCAACGACAUAAAGAACCACAUCCACGAGGCCCAGAAGACCUGCCAGCAGGCUGGGGUCACCGCCCGAUGUAACACAGUCACCGCCGAUGUAACACAGGUAACUAGGAUGACCUUCCAGCAGGCUGGGGUCACCGCCGAUGUAACACAGGUAACUAGGAUGACCUUCCAGCAGGCUGGGGUCACCGCCGACGUAACACAGGUAACUAGGAUGACCUUCCAGCAGGCUGGGGUCACCGCCGAUGUAACACAGGUAACUAGGAUGACCUUCCAGCAGGCUGGGGUCACCGCCGAUGUAACACAGGUAACUAGGAUGACCUUCCAGCAGGCUGGGGUCACCGCCGAUGUAACACAGGUAACUAGGAUGACCUUCCAGCAGGCUGGGGUCACCGCCGAUGUAACACAGGUAACUAGGAUGACCUGCCAGCAGGCUGGGGUCACCGCCGAUGUAACACAGGUAACUAGGAUGACCUUCCAGCAGGAUGGGGUCACCGCCGAUGUAACACAGGUAACUAGGAUGACCUUCCAGCAGGCUGGGGUCACCGCCGACGUAACACAGGUAACUAGGAUGACCUUCCAGCAGGCUGGGGUCACCGCCGAUGUAACACAGGUAACUAGGAUGACCUUCCAGCAGGCUGGGGUCACCGCCGAUGUAACACAGGUAACUAGGAUGACCUUCCAGCAGGCUGGGGUCACCGCCGAUGUAACACAGGUAACUAGGAUGACCUUCCAGCAGGCUGGGGUCACCGCCGAUGUAACACAGGUAACUAGGAUGACCUUCCAGCAGGCUGGGGUCACCGCCGAUGUAACACAGGUAACUAGGAUGACCUUCCAGCAGGCUGGGGUCACCGCCGAUGUAACACAGGUAACUAGGAUGACCUUCCAGCAGGCUGGGGUCACCGCCGAUGUAACACAGGUAACUAGGAUGACCUUCCAGCAGGCUGGGGUCACCGCCGAUGUAACACAGGUAACUAGGAUGACCUUCCAGCAGGCUGGGGUCACCGCCGAUGUAACACAGGUAACUAGGAUGACCUUCCAGCAGGCUGGGGUCACCGCCGACGUAACACAGGUAACUAGGAUGACCUUCCAGCAGGCUGGGGUCACCGCCGAUGUAACACAGUGGACUGAAAUGGACCCAAUGACUGAGACUGUGACUCUGACCCUCACGCCAGCCCCUGCUGAAGGUGGCUUCCAGAGAGUAGGAGUGUUGGAGGGGAGCGAUACAUUGUCUCCUGAUGCCGUUCAGCUCUUCAGCUCUCUUACCUCCCUGCAACCCAAAAUCUUUGCCCAGCUUCAGGGCAUCCAGCUUCAACCAAGUCUGUGUUCUUUCGACGGAGGUCCGUCUACAGUCUCUACAGACUUCCUGGAUUUGCCCAGUCCGUCAUCCCCGCAGCCCCUCUUGGUCAGCCCCACACAGUUCCUCCAGUCCAGCCCGUCUCUAGCUGAGCCCUCAGGGGUUCUGGGCAUGGGUCAGGUGGUCAUGGUGUCAUCGUUAGGGGACGGCCAGGUGGUCAGCGUGUCAUCUCUAGGGGACGAGAGCGGCGGGACACACCAGAUACUGUUGGAGGACGGACAGACCAUCCCUUUCCAGAUCAUGGUUCCUGCAAAUAUUGCUCUGAACAGUCCAGAUGAGGUCAAGGAGGAGGAGGACACUGUCAACUCUGUAGAUUGACACCAGGCCCUACAGGGGUGUACCGUACUCCAGGGGUGUAGCUCGUUCCUCACAGGGGUGUACUCCAGCCUUCACAGGGGUGUAGCUCGUUCCUCACAGGGUUGUAUUUUUGGGGUGUACUUCAGCCCUCACAAAUCACAGUAUCUCGUUCCUCACAGGGGUGUAUCUCGUUCCUCACAGGGGUGUAUCUCGUUCCUCACAGGGGUGUAUCUCGUUCCUCACAGGGGUGUAUCUCGUUCCUCACAGGGGGUGUACUCCAGCCCUCACAGAUCACAGAAUCUCGUUCCUCACAGGGGUGAAUCUCGUUCCUCACAGGGGUGUAUCCCAUCUUUACCAUAUACUUUACUGUAAGAGCGGUUGCUUUUACCUCAGGACAGUCGCGUUUAUUGAUCACGUUUAAUGAUCACGUUUAUUGUACAAUUGACUGAAAGUGCAAUUUAUGCAGUGUGUUUUUUUUUUCUUUUCUUCCUUGUUAAUCAUCAUGAGGAACUUGUUUGCUAUCGUUUUAAAAUCAUGGAUUUUCUUUUUUAAAUGACAACCUACGAAAACCCUGGAUGUAACAAGAUAUGGUGUAUAUAUUAGUGCAUAGGAAAUGUCUUUUUAAUAGUGUUUCUAACCCUGUUGCAUAGUCUUCUGAGAUGAUCAUUUACUUCAAUAAAGGUUUAUUUUAUUUGUUUAAAUUAAAUUAAUUCCUUAAUUCAA